AGCCAUGGAGUGAUUUUGCUGUUCUGAAUGGGGGAAAGAUUAAUAGUGACAUUUGGAAGGAUUUGCAUGCAGCCACAGUUAACCCAGACCCCAGUUUAAAAGAGUUUGAAGGAGCAACACUACGCUAUGCAUCUUUGAAACUCAGAAACACCCCACAUGCUGAUGAUGACGAUUCUUGUAGUAUCAACAGUGAUCCCGAAGCCAAGUGUUUUGCUGUGCGCUCUCUGGGGUGGGUAGAAAUGGCAGAAGAGGACCUCGCCCCUGGUAAAAGUAGUGUUGCUGUCAACAACUGCAUCAGGCAGCUUUCUUACUGCAAAAACGACAUCAGAGACACAGUCGGCAUUUGGGGAGAGGGCAAGGACAUGUACCUGAUCCUGGAGAACGACACGCUCAGCCUGGUGGACCCCAUGGACCGCUCGGUGCUGCACUCCCAGCCCAUCGUGAGCAUCCGCGUGUGGGGCGUGGGCCGCGACAAUGGCCGGGAUUUUGCUUAUGUAGCAAGAGACAAAGAUACAAGAAUUUUGAAAUGUCAUGUAUUUCGAUGUGACACGCCAGCAAAAGCCAUUGCCACAAGUCUCCACGAAAUCUGUUCCAAGAUUAUGGCCGAACGGAAGAAUGCCAAAGCUCUGGCCUGUAGUUCCUUACAGGAAAGGACCAACGUGAAUCUCGACGUUCCUUUACAAGUAGAUUUUCCAACACCAAAGACUGAGCUGGUCCAGAAGUUCCAUGUGCAGUACUUGGGCAUGUUACCUGUAGACAAGCCAGUCGGAAUGGACACCCUGAACAGUGCCAUAGAAAGUCUUAUGACCUCAUCCAGCAAGGAGGAUUGGCUGUCAGUGAACAUGAAUGUGGCCGAUGCGACUGUGACUGUCAUCAGUGAAAAGGAUGAAGAGGAAAUCUUAGUGGAGUGUCGUGUGCGAUUCCUGUCCUUCAUGGGUGUUGGGAAGGAUGUCCACACAUUUGCCUUCAUCAUGGACACUGGGAACCAGCACUUUGAGUGCCACGUUUUCUGGUGCGAGCCUAACGCCGGGAACGUGUCCGAGGCAGUGCAGGCCGCCUGCAUGUUGCGAUAUCAGAAGUGCUUGGUGGCCAGGCCACCUUCACAGAAAGUUCGACCACCUCCUCCGCCAGCAGACUCAAUGACCAGAAGAGUCACAACCAAUGUAAAACGAGGGGUCUUAUCCCUCAUUGACACUUUGAAACAGAAACGCCCUGUCACAGAAACGCCGUAGCUGCACAUGUUAAAGGAUUCUGUGAUACACUUACCCGAAGAUUGAAUAGCUGCACUAAAGAAAAUGAACUGAUAUCUGGCCUUCCGUUCAGUUGCUGAUGCUUUGUCUUCAGAGAAUUUAUCCGUAAGCAAACAGUGUUAGACAAGCAUGUUCUCGCGUCUUGCCACCAUCAUGUGAUAUGAAAAGAAGCAUGAAUAAUUUUUUUUACUAUCAGUAAGUUACAUCAUGAGCAGUGGAAGGUCCUUUUCUUAUUGUAAAUAUCGUGAACAUUACUUAACUUCACACACACACACACACACACACAGAGCGAGAGAGAGAAGAAUGCGGCCACACCCCUCCUAGUGACUAAUGCUGCGUCCUUGGAGUGAAUGAUGCCUGAGUUAGUUUCACUGUCUUCUUGACUGGAUCUGUCACAAGCAACCUUUAAAUCCUACAGCACUUUGCCCUAUUUUCAACAUUGGAGUAGAUACUGUAUAGCAGAUACCCUUGAAUUGCUGUAAAAAUAGGAUGAUGAGUUUUUGUUUCAGUUUUACAUAAAAUUGAACCUGUUGGUUGACAAAAUUGGCUGUUGGCAUCAGAAUAGAAACCAACUGGCAGCUUUCCUUGAUGAGCUCUUUGACACAUGGACACCAUUUCAUGUCUACAGCUGUUUGUGGGAUGUUGGAAAAAAGUAAAACUUCAAAAUUGAUGAAAAACUAAAUUUGAGGAAUUAAAAUUGAACAAAAAAUAGCCUUUUCAGAUGGCUUUAAAACUGAUUAUUUUUAAAAAGAGAUUGACAAAACCAUAAUGCAUUUGGGGUAGGACAUAUUUCAAACUUCUGCCUUAUAUUGUACAAUACAUCCAGAGAAUUAUAGUUCACUAUGGCCAUUCUCUAUAUAAACUUUAAAAUGAAAUAUUCCUCGUAAGCCUUUCAUCCUUAGUUUGAUAAUUAGCCAAUAUGCAAUUUGAAGUUGAGCAAAUGUAAUUUAUAUUUCUAUCAUACGUGAUUAUUUUAUAUCUCUACCAAUACGUUAUUUUGUUAGUCCACAUUCUAGAAUUCUGCAUCUAGCUCAAUUUCACUCUAAUGCUUUUUGCCCAGAAAGCUGUCUGUCCAUCAUGUAUUGUCCAUGGCAACAAAUUACAUUAGGUUGAACUUUUCUUGAGUUCAUGUAUUUAAUAUUACAAUUUUUUGGACUCAACUAGAUAUAUUUUAAAUUUCAUUUUUUUCCGUUUUAUUUUCAAGAUUUAAAAAUUUUCACGUCAGAGCAAAAUAUACAUAGGAGUAAUGGACUGUCUAACAAGUUUCCCCCAAAUAGCAUUUCUUCUUUAUGUAGAUAAGAAAGUUGCUAUAAAGAUACACAAAUUUAGACUCUUGUUGACAUUGUCGUUUUAAAAGGAAGUUGCUAAGGAGUUCAGUCUCAAUAUCAGUCUUGUUUACUUUGUAAUGUCAAAAUUAACGUUUACAACGUCCAGUUAUAAAAAUUAUGCUUUAUGUUUAUACACUGCUGUGUACUUGUUUCCACAUUCUUAUCACAUCUGAGCCUUAUAAGGUAGAGAAGGUACUAAACACACUUGUGAAAUAAAAAUAGGAAGUACCAAGAGGCUAAACCAACAGGCCUAACUAAGCUCUCACCAAAGGUCAUGAGAGAACCAGGACCCAUUAUCUAGGACCCAUGUCUCCCAACUCCUACUUCUUACAAUGUUUUGCUGCCUCCACAUCAGGAAGAGCCUUUCCAAAAUGACUCUGGGUGUAUACAAAGAAGAGCAGGUAUGGAGAUACUGUCAGGUAAUCUUAGAAUUCCCUAUGUAAGUAGGGAAAUACGUCCAAAUUACUGAUGCAGUGGUAUUAAUUAUAAAACUAUUGCCCUCUCCAAGUCCAGGACUGUUUUCCUGGAGUGUGCCUCAAGUGUGUUGUAAAGGAUGGGAUUCUGCAUUCAGUGCAGCCUGCUCAAUCUAUGAGAUUUUCCAGAAGUGGUGUUACUUGUAGUAGACGUAUUCCUAACUCGUGGUACUUGGCCACCAGAGAACAAGAUGGAAUGAGUAGGUGGCUUCCUACCUGCCGUUCCCUCUCAGAAUUCACGGGGCUGGAACUGUUUGCUAGCAUCCUGGUGUUAUGACAAAAAUGAUGCUUCUGUAGAAAUGCAUUGUACUUCUAACCAACUUACGUACUAUCUGAAGUAACCAGUGCCAUCAUAAGAAAUUAUUCCAUUAAGAAAAUCCUUACUGUGCCCUUAGAAAAGCUGUUCAGAACUCAGUUAUGAUGAUCUUUCAUCUUGAUCUCCACCAUGAAAUGUUUUAGUAUGAUAAACUUCAAAAUUCUAAACAGGUAAUCCACUUUUAUACUGGAAAUCUCCACCAGAACCCACGUUCAUUUUUUAAGGCAUACAUCUGUUUGUUUUCAGGAUCAAGAAUACUGAGCUAGCUUUAAGUAGCAAACUGAUUUAUAUAUGCAAUUAUAGGCUGCAUUAAGAUGAAUGAUAGCCUUUACAUAUUGAAAACUUUACUACAGAUAUUUUGUUUUGAAAAUAGCUUUGCAUACGAAAUGCAAAUAAUUUUGUAAAGAUUAUGUUAAACAGUAUGUUCAGACACUUUCUGCCAUGGCCAAAAAGUAUGUAUGAAAGUUUGUGUAUGUUUGUCUGUGGAAGGAUGCCAAUGUUUUACCUGAUAUCUUAGUGACCCUUAAGUUAUCUAUGCAUUCUUUAUAUCUGUGAUUCGGUAAACAGGCAGCCGUGUUCACUAUGCCUUGUAUGUCAUCAUUUUUUUAAUUAACUUGUUAAAUACAGCUUAAAAUAUUUUUAUUUUAUUUAUUCUAUUUUUACUGAAAUAUACUGCAUUAUUGUGUUAAUGUAUUAUCUUUACUGGAUAUUAUCUCACAAUGUAUCCAUGUCUAAGUAAUCUCAGUGAACUAUACAUUGCCUAAAAGGUGAUUUUGUAAUGAUUUUUAGUCACAUUUCUAUUGGAAUAUGUAGAAGAAAAGGCAAAAUGCUUGAAGUUCCUUUUAUUUUUUAAAAGCAGCUAGAUAGACGCAGACUUGCCACCUCAUAUAUGUGCUCCCUGGUGGCUUCAAGGGGAACAGCCAACACGCCUGUGGCUAAACACUUUACUUUGCAGACUAAAGCACUGCUCGGUGCUUCGUUUUUAUAUCCUUCACAACACAUGUGAUUUCAUCUAAGAUAUAUAUGUCUACAUGCCCUUCGUUUCCACCUGGAUGUAAGAGCACCCAUAGCUAAUUAGGACCAUUGUUUUUUGUUUGUCUUUAUUGCAUGAAGGGAUAUUAGACCCAUUUUCAUUAAAAUAAGUUCUUGGUAAUAAACUGUUGGCAUUGCUACCUUUUUUAAAUCCACUUUGAUUUUAAGAUGGACACUUGUAAGACUACUCCACACAAGGCCAUUGACUAAACCCCGAAGCUUCCUCCUUUUUCUUGUAUGGCGCACUCAUCUCGUAAGCAUUGCGGUGCAAACUCAAGAUUUCAUCAACAACAUAAAAAACACUUCCCUAACUGAUAUUAGCACAAUUUAAUAAAAUCAUUAGCUGUCCAGUUUGCCCAGCUUAACCUAAUACAUGUCUAGCAUGUGUUAUACAGCCAGUAAAAUGAAGUUUAAUUUAUUUCUGCUUCAGGGCAAAGAUACUCGCUCACGCUGUGUCAGUGAGAGCAUCCCCUGGCACCCAGAGCAGCCUGUUUACCCUGGAAGAACACUUUGUUUUCCUUUUCACCCCUUUUGCUGUUGACCACUUUUACACAUUUAAAUGUAAUAUGUUGUGAGAAUAAAUUUAGCUGCAUAAAAUG